AUGGAAGAACAACAACGUUUACAUGCACUUUCAUCACAUAUGCAACAUUAUUCACCAAUGGAUUAUCAUCGUUUUCAAUCGACAUAUUCAAUGCGUCCUUAUCAUCCUACAAGUGCAUAUACAAAUCAAACUGAUUGUUGGUUUCCUACAACAUCACAUUCAGUUCCAGGAUCAUCAUCAAAAUAUGAUCCAACACUUGAUUAUCAUACGCAUCCUCCAUAUAUGACGUAUAAUUCUCAACAAUCGAAUUCAAAUGAUCUUGAUUAUAAAUCAAAUUCAUCAGCAUCAACUAAAGCUACAGUAGCUGCUUAUUUUAAUUUUAACUUUAAUUGCGAUCAAGCUCAUAAUCAUCAUCAUCAUUUGUUUACAGAAAAUCCAUCCAUUGGUACAACAUCACCAUCACAAAUUAUUUCUCCAAAUAAUUUUAAACAAACAAAUAAUAAUAAUAAUAAAACUCAAAAUUUAAAUGAUUUAUCAUCAACAAUUGGUUUAAGUCCAAAAGCAUCAUCAUCGGGUGCUUCAUCAUCAAAUGAAUCAUUAUCAAUUAAUAAUGGUGUUAGUCCAGCUCAAUCAGUUCCUGUUAAUACAAAACCACGUAAAGAACGUACAGCAUUUACAAAAAAUCAAAUACGUGAAUUAGAACGUGAAUUUUUAAAACAUAAUUAUUUAACACGUUUACGUCGUUAUGAAAUAGCUGUUGCACUUAGUUUAACAGAACGACAAGUUAAAGUCUGGUUUCAAAAUCGUCGUAUGAAAUUUAAACGUGUUCGUGGUGCUGUUUUGGCUAAAAUUGAUAAAGUCAAUCAAAAAUCAUGUUAUAAUACACCGAAUGAAGAACAAGAUGGAGAUUCCGAAGAUGACGAAAGCAUUGCUAGCCACUAG